CUUACCGUUAACACGGUAUUAUCCGAUUCGUAAGAGAAUCUGUGGAGGGUCUCCGGCGACUCCUUUCUCCUCCGGUAAAAAUAAAUGGCGGCAACAAUGAGUGGUACCGUUAACCAUAGGGUUUGCUCUUCAUCGUCACCAUCUCCGUCGCCACUGCUGGUCAGGAGCAGUGGUAUUACUUGGAGAAGCGAUAACUUCGAGAGAACCAGGCAACAAUGUCGUUUAUCUUCUUUCUUAUGUUGUUCACCGGUUAAUCGUAGUUCUCUGUGGCCUGGAUUAUCUUCCACACUCUCGAUUGCAUCAUCCAGACAGCAAAAUUGUCUUCAGGUUGUCGCCUGCGUCCCUCCUUCUUCACAGCCGCAGACGACUACUACCUUCACCUCCUCUACGAAGCUCUAUGUCAGUGGACUCUCGUUUCGAACCUCAGAGGAGAGCCUGCGAAAUGCUUUCCAGUCAUUCGGUCAGCUUAUUGAAGUAAAUCUGGUGAUGGAUAAGAUUGCUAAUAGACCAAGAGGAUUUGCUUUCCUUCGAUAUGCAACAAAGGAAGAAUCUGAGAAGGCCAUUGAGGGUAUGCAUGGGAAGUUUCUCGAUGGUAGGGUUAUAUUCGUGGAAUUCGCCAAACCCAGGUCUCAACUCCCUCAAGGCAUCAAACAGGAUGCGAAGCCAUACCGGUGAGCGUAUGCAUGCAGCCUCUCUGUGGUUCUCGUUUUUCUGGUAUGCAUUAGAUAUACAUAUAUACCAAGUUACAAUUUUUUUGUAGUUUGAACCUUCCCUGGUUAUGGUACACACUUUUCCAACAUCGGAAUGACGAAUUCCCUAUAACCUAUAGUCCCUCGCGAACAGUGGAAAUCUUUGUCGGGUAUGUAUUGGGUGGCAACAACGAAAGAACGCCAUCACCUUGUUCUCCGAGGGACUAUUCUAGGUUACAUGAACCUAUUGAAAUGAUCUCGAUGAUCAAGGCUAUGUUUGACAAUAGGCUAGCUAUUAGCUGAAAAGCUAGCGUUUGGCUAAUAAGCUAGUUGUUAGCUGAUAAAUCAUAAAUUAGUCAUGUUUGAUCAAA